CUCAUUCAAGACAAGUCUUCAUUCGCGACACUCUCAUCCAUCAUGGCCCCCGCUGCCACAGAAAUCGCUUCCACGAUACAAUCUGCCCACAUCAAGCACGACCCAUCUCCGGAGCACGACAUCAACCCUUCGACCGCCGCAUCCAAAAAGCUGCCAGCCGAAGUCGAGACCAUAUCCCCUCCUCGUUCUCGCUCUCACUCCCCAAGCGGCUCUGAGUCUACUUUACCCAGCGACAUCAUCCGGCCCCGUCCCAGAUCCCGGUCAUUCCCUCCGAUCCCCGACUUCCGCUUCGAACAGUCCUACCUCGCCAGCAUCAAAUCCGCCGAUUCGAAUUGGAAAAUCGCCUUCAUCACCAUCCGGGACCAAGUGUUUUUGCCGUUGGUGCAGGGGAUACUAUGGAACUUGCUGAUGUUCGGGUGGCGGCACUGGAACCGUGGGAGCAAGUUUCAGGGACAGACCUUGGGGGCAAAGGUAAGGAAGUGGUGGUGGGGUGUCAAUAACUGGAAGGUCCCUGAGGCGGAAGCGAAGGAACAGAGUGAUAGACAAGUAUUGCAAAGAGUCGAGGACUUCUUUGUCGAUCGCUUUGGAACCAGCCUGGGGGAUUGAGGCACCCGGAUAGUCUCCUGAUGCAUAUUGGAGAUGGGGUUGGUCAAAUUGUCCCAGACCAUACUCCGCCAGUUUCUUCCGCUUCACCGUCCCCAUAUAGCUCUGGGUGUUGGAUGAGCUUGUCAUCUCUCCCGCCAUCAGCGCUUGGGGCGUUACAAGCCUGGCUGGCUUGUUGAAGAGCCUCUUAGGGAAAGAAUAGAAGACGGUUUAUUCCGUGCUUAUGGAAAUUGGGCACGCCGGCUUCGAAGCUACACCAACAUGCGCGAAGUGCGGACUAGGCUCAUGGGCGAGGAAGUUGGAAAUCGAGGGCGGCGCCGGGACGACACGCAAGACGUGUCAGUGGGUGAAGUGAGAAAGGUUGAUGGAAAUGGUUGGAGGGAUAGUUACGCCCUCUAGCUUGGGUUCUACGAUUUCACAGUGGAAAGGGAAUCAUUGUCACAAAUCAGAAAUGCCCAUAUUGAGCGGGACUCGUGAAGAGCAACAAGCGGGCCUGAAACAGUGAUGAUUUGGACUUGUCAAUUCCUGUCCUGUUUUUGAAGCACUCAUCUCACCGAGCCGCACCGACAAUGUGGGUGCCUUGCAGCAAGACGAGCAGCAGGCGCUUCUCUAUUGAGAGCACUUUUUAUCUCGUCAACUUUCGUGUGAGC